CUAAAUGACGUGGCGUCCGGCCGGGAUGUGUUUUGAUGGGUUGUUGUUUACAUGUUGGAACUGUUGGUGAAAAAUUGUGGAUUAAUUUAAUUUUUGUGAUUUAGCGUGUGAUUCUGUGUGCAAAAGCCAACAAAUAUGUCACAAAACAUUGCCCUGGAGUCAGUAAUAUGUGGUGUGGGGCACGAAAUGAUGAAGAGUGACGCGGAAAUUGUGGGAUUUGGGGGCAAAAGUGAGGCGACCUCGGCCACUCUGCCACCGUCCGGGAAUGCAGAUAAGACAACCAGUGGUCGCCUACGGAGGGUACUCUCAAUGUCCACGCAACGAAAAUCCCUCAGAGUGGCUGUACGGAAGAUCCCCCUCAUUGGGGGCCUCCACUCAAGUGCACCAAAUGACGUGGAGGGCGCUACGGAUGGUGAAAGGGAACCAUCUGGUGAGAAACGCAAACUCUUCCGGACAUCCUCAGUGAGGAAAUUCAUUUCGCGAAUUGCCCAGCAAAUUACUUCAUUGAACAUCGCUGGGGUUAAACCGAGCGUGGGAGAUCGUGUACCACCCCUUGGGGGCUACCAGUGGCCCCCGGAUCAAACACCAGGCGUGACAGGGUUGAAAAACCACGGAAAUACGUGCUUCAUGAAUGCCGUACUCCAAUGCCUCAGCCACACAGAUCUGCUGGCUGAGUACUUCGUGCUGGAUCAGUACAAGGUGGACUUGAAGCGGCGCAACAAGAUCAAUUCACGCAAAUUCGGCACCAAGGGGGAGCUCACGGAGCAGCUGGCAAUCAUUCUCAAGGCACUGUGGACAUGCAGAUACAGCCCGGACUACAGUACCAGCUUCAAGGCGGCCGUCGAUAGGCAUGGAUCGCAAUUUCGUAGUUCCACGCAGCACGAUGCUCAGGAGUUCCUGCUGUGGCUCCUUGAUAAAGUUCACGAGGACCUCAAUACGGCCACCAAGCGAAAAUACAAGGCCAUGAAGAACACAUACGGGCGCCCCGAUGAAAUAAUUGCCGCCGAGACGCUCGCCAAUCACAUUCGGUGCAACAGCUCAUUUGUUCAGGCAGUUUUCCAGGCACAAUUCCGCUCAUCACUCACGUGCCCACGAUGCCACAAGCAAAGCAACACCUUCGAUCCUUUUCACUGCAUUUCCGUGCAGUUACCGCAGAUUGUUCAGCAGAAUGUCAUUGUGACCGUUCUGUAUGCUACGCAGCAUCCGCGACAGGUUAAACUGGGUCUCGGCGUACCACCGGGAUCACCAUUUGUCACGCUACGUGAACAGCUGCAUUUGGACACGGGAAUCGCGUCGGAUCGCAUGGUGCUGAUGGAGAUCAAUGAGCAAGGCUUCUCGCGCGUAUUUAGUGACUCUGAUCCCAUUUCCGUGCUCACCGACACGGAUAUGGUGUACUGCAUUGAGACUCCGGACGCCAAGGAGGAUGAGAAGAAUGUCACAGUGUUGCUGUGUGUGGUGAAUGUGGCGCGGAAGCUCAAUGGGGGGGAAGGACAACGUUUUGGGGCACCAUUCUGUGUGCGUGUGAAGCGAGACAUUAGCCACGGGGAGCUCCAGAAGGCGCUUAUCCGGGAAAUUUCGCCAAUUCUCAAGACCGAUGCCGUGGAGGGUGUUUUCCGGAUUCGACUGCAGGAUCCCCUUGUGGAUCCUGACACGUACCUUGAGCCACACCUCGAGCAUCCUCUGCUCACGGAGAAUAUCGAUGUAAUGUUGUCGGUUGUACCCCCCGAUACGGGGCCAGCAAAUGUACGUCUUGUGCUGGAAUGGGAUGCACCAGAGGAGCAAUUUAGUGAUCUAACUGAUCCCAUUGUGGAGCACGCAAGUGUGGCACAGAUGAAGGAGAAGAGUCAGGAGUGUGCAAUGCUUACGCUUGAGCAGUGCUUGGAUCACUACACAAAGGCAGAGACACUGAGUGCAGAGGAUGCAUGGCGAUGCCCACACUGCCAGAAAUACUUGCCAGUGGUGAAGACAUUGGGACUGUGGUCCUUACCGGAUAUUCUUGUGAUUCACUUCAAGAGAUUCCGCCAGCAACAGCUGCGUGAGCCACAAGCUGCCAAACUCACCACAAUGGUUAAAUUUCCUCUCAAUGGCUUCGACAUGUCACCCCAUCUUGCGCGUUCGCCCACCGAAGGCACCCCUGGGGAUCCAGCGGGCAAUGAUGGGGACAACUGGAGCCCGUGGAAGCUGAUGAAGCGCAGAGAGCAUGUUUUUCACCCAAGUGGCAGCCACAAAGACACCAAAUAUGACCUCUAUGCCGUUUGCUACCAUCAAGGAGAUACUCUUGAGACUGGGCACUAUACGGCGGCAUGUAGGAAUCCCUACGAUCAGCAGUGGUAUAAAUUCGACGACCAGAAUGUGGCACGCGUUAAUUCCGAAGCCAUCGAAGAGGAGAUUAUCAACAACGAGGCAUACAUUUUAUUCUACCAACGGCGGAAGAUUGACGUUGCAGAGUGCUCCGGGGGUAGUUCAUCAUCCGGUGAUCAUUGGGUGUCCCGAAUUACCGCCACAACAGCUCCAUCGGCAACAGUUGUGGAUGAAACCACGAAGAUUAGCGAGAAAUCGACCACCACAGAGGCCAAAAAGAAAAUCCCCGAACCUGAAGUGAGGCGACAGGAGGAAACAGAGGCAGGACCAAGUGAUGCAGGAAAUGAAAAAGCCAAACCCACUGAAGAAAGCACGGUUGUUGUCACAGAAGCCGAAGUGACGGACCUUGCGGAAAAGCCCGAAGAAGCUGUUGAUGUUGAUGUUGUUGCCCAAGAAGAGGCUAAAGAGGUACAAGUGGAUGAGAAAGUACCACAGAAGGAAGAGGAGGAAGAGAAGGUGGUUCAAGAUGCAACACCCUCUGAAGGAAAAGAAGAUGAAGAAAGUCUCAAGAAGGAGACUUCUUCCAUAGAUAGCUUGGAAGCAUUGGAGGAUGAUCCGACGCACGUUGAAGAGGAGAAAUUCUUCAAUUCUGUUCCGGAAACACGGAUUAAUUGGCUAAAGGCAUUUGAUGACAAUUACGAUGUAACACGUAGGCAGUCAUUUAGUUCUGCCGGAUUCCUCUCCUCAGCUGCCAAUUGCGAUUCCCUACGGCGGAGUGGACCAUGCAGCAAGGAUACAUUGCUCUACAUUGAUCAACAGAGUCAUCCUGCCCUCGAAGAGGAUGACUUGGCACCAUCGCAUUCCCUCUGGAUCACCCCCGUGGCAUCCCAUAAGCUCAUCAGUGUCUCGCCGAAGAACUAAAAAAAGCGCUUAAGGUAAAAAAAAAGAAAUUAGAAAACACCAAGUGUUUGGAUCUUGCUGUUCAUUUUCUCUUGUAGGAAUUACAAUUUAUGCAUUGCUAAUGUUUAAGAAUUUUACCUAAAAAAAAGAAAAGUUGUAGUUUUUGGUGUGAAGACAUUUUACUCUCAAGAAAAAAGUGGGUAUUAUUUUGAAGAAAGAAAAAAUAAAGAAAAGAAAGUAAUAAAAUAGAGUUUGUAGAUGUUGAAAAAAA